AUGAAUCCAGCUGUCUCUAAUAUCAUUGUGAUGCUUCUCACAAUGCAGGUGUCCAAAAGACUGAACUUUGAGGACCCAACCACCUUGCUCUAUGUGCGUAUUGCCUACGUUGCCAGUACUCUUCUCACUUUGGGUAUCUACUUCUACACACAGUAUCUCAUCAAGUCCAAGAACGAUAUGACCACUUUGAAAUAUGUCGAACCACCUAACACUCUGGCUGGUGAAACAGAGUCUAAACUGGUUGUUACUACUGUCAAGGACUACGAUUUGCAACAGCUACAUGCUGCCAUUAAGGGUGUGUACACCAGUAUUGCCAUGACUGGUUUCAUGCACCUAUACAUGAAGUUCGCAAACCCAUUGGUUAUGCAGUCUAUCAGCCCUGUCAAGGGUGCUUUCGAAAACAAGGAAGUCCAGCUAUACUUGUUCAAGAAGCCUGCUUCGGGUGAUUUGAAGAGACCUUUCAAGUCUCCUCCAGGUUUGUUCAGUGCUUUGUCUGGCCAGAGUGGUGCUGUUAAGACUGACAAGGCUUCUAUCAAGAAGGCUGAGACCGCUGGUGUUGGUGGUGUCAAGGAAGAGUAA